AUGCUUACUGAAAUAAAGACUUCUAUACUAUCACUUCUGCUUAUCACUGGUUCCUUGUUUUUUAUUGGAUGUGCAGAUUUGUCAAACUUAAAUACAACAUACGGUUGUUUUCGCUGUCUCUGUCACGUAUACACUUAUUGUACAAUAUCAAGUGAGUGCAGUGACGAAUAUUGUGGACCAUUCAAUAUCUCAAAGUCUUACUGGAUAGAAGCUGGUAAUAUAACCUUACAAGGAGACGAUCCCGAUAGAAAUGAUGCUUGGAAGGAUUGCGCUAAUAACUACUUCUGCGCUCAGGAUAUAAUGAAAGGCUAUCUUCAGAAGUUUUCAAAGGACUGUAAUGAUGAUGGCAUGAUCAAUUGCUAUGACUUCUUGGCGAUUAAUAGUAACGGCGGAGAUUGCAGGCCGCUUAAUCAAUCAUUGAGUGGACGCGUGUGGCUCAAACGUUACGGGGAAUGUCGUGCAGCUGGACUUGUGGCUUGA